AUGGCUCGCGACUCCAAGAAAGCUGGUGGAGCUUUACCGGCGCCGGCGACUGCUAUGGGUAAUGCUGCGGCGGAGACAUCGCUCCCUCCUGGCUUCCGAUUUCAUCCAUCCGAUGAAGAACUCAUUAGCUAUUACUUGAAGAAGAAGGUUCAGGGAAAACCCAUGCGAUACGAUGAGAUUGGAGAAGUAGAUAUUUGCAAGCUCGAGCCCUGGGACUUAGCAGUUAUAAUCUUCCUCUGUUUCUUGGCUUUAGAUUUCCGUUAUGUGUUAAAGACAAGGGACAAAGAAUGGUUCUUCUUCAGUGCCUUGGAUAAGAAGACUCGCACUGGUACUUCUAUGAGCCGAGCAACAAAGCAAGGCUACUGGAAAGUCACUGGAACAGACGGGAAAAUCCGCCAAGGAGGAGACGGUAAGGUGACCAUUGGUACGAUGAAGACUCUUGUGUUUCACAGGGGGCGUAGUCCAAACGGUCUGGGAACCGAUUGGGUGAUGAAUGAGUAUCACCUCGCUAAAAAUGACGAAGGCGUUCCGGUGAGAUAUAUGUUCUCUACAAGAUCCUUUUGAG